CAGCUUGUCAAACAUGGCCGAAAUUACUCUGGUACCUUGGUAUUCAUCACAAACGCAAGGGGAAUAAGAAAAUAUUUUCACAGCUGUAAUGUAAUUGAAAUGCCACGUAUGAGACAAUCAGUGUCAUUCCACCAGUUCUAACGUCUCUUGACACCAGUUUGAGUAGCAACGGAGUGAUGUCAGGGAAUGGAAAACUGGUGGAUAAUUAUCAAAAAUCUUCGAGAGGGAUAAGUGAAGGAGCUAUCGAACAAAAUGCCCAGCUUGAGGAAAAAGGUUGUGGGCUUCAUGCGUCAGCUCUCGAUCAGCAAUUUAACAGCAGCUGUUGAAAGUAUUGGACAGGGGGAAGGCUCACUACAUCCAUCAAGAGCACCACCAACUGAUAUCCUUGGAGGAUGCUUCAUUACGAGAUAUUUAAAUGGACUGGAUCAGAAAACCGAAGGACCUGUCAUUCUCCAUGGGAGAAACCCGGAAGAACUGCCCUCGAAAGCUCUGGGUAAAUUGGACAGCGAUGAAGACGUGUUCGCAGCUCUAACCGGCCCUGAUCGUGGUCUGACAACGGUAAAUCUCAGGCAGAGACACUUGAGUAUCAGUGAUCCAGAUGUUGAUUAUAUUGACAUACUGGAGCAGAACGAUCCACAGACAACUGUUAACACCUCGAUGGAUUGUAUAUUUUCCGUGGCGCAUGAUCGUUGGUUAGUCAUACGCACAAAAGAAACGUCACUGUUUCCAAUAGACAACAGUGGAGUUAAAAUACGCGCAGCUGGAAAAUUGUACGAGCCAGAUCGCAAGUACACGAUGAAUAUGAGUGAAACAACAGGAAUUAAUAAAAACUACAGCGUUAAAUUUAUGGAUGAACAUAUUCACCAUGACUAUCUAUCCACCAACGUGAUGAGUGAGCCUGCCAGAGGAAGCGUUGCAUUCGAUACCAAUUGUGUCAAUGCUAACGUUCCCCCAGGUGAUUUCUUCAUUGGUCACGACGAUCCACUUGAGGGUUCCAGUGACAGUCUCAACGAUAAUUCGGAGGAGGAUAAGAUUGAUCUCGUGCUUAGGACAGCUUCUGACGAUACUCUCGAUAAUAUGGAUGAGGCUGACUCGGAUAACGAUAUCAUACCACCUCCUUCUGACUUUGCCAAUGAAAUGAUUCCCCUCAGGAAAUCCAAGAGUGCCCCAGCACCCUUCAAAAAGGCCCAGCAAGCAUUAGUUAGCAGUCCAGAAGUAGCGGGAGUAGCAAACUGGUUUUCACCUCACGACAUGGCCUACGGAAUAGCGACAACUCUAUAUGAAAAAAAUCCGACAAACAAUAUUACCAAUGGUGAGCCUAUUGCUGACUGUUUCGCUGUUGCUGCCAGGCCAAAUGCGGCUGUAUUAACACUUGCUGAUGGUGUGAAUUGGGGUCCUAAAGCGAGCAUUGCUGCUCGUUCAGCUGUGCAUGGUAGCAUGGACUACCUCAACAAAGCACUAUUUUCAUCACCAUUAAAUAGUGGUAUUACGACAACACGUGACGUAUUCAUCGCACUGUUGCGCUCAUUUCAUGCUGCUCAUGCUUUGAUUCUCCAAGAACAGGGAAUGCUCACGACUUUAACUGUUUGCGCAGUACUGCCACUGCCAAAUCCACAGGGAUCAAACGUCAGGCCCAAGAAAUUCGUCGCCUGCACUUGCAAUGUUGGCGAUAGUCUCGCUUAUGUUUAUUCCAAGAAGACUGGAGUCCGAGAGAUAACUCGAGGUUCUCACGAUAUUCAUUGCAUGAGAGAUAUGCGUGAUGCGCUUGGAGCACUCGGUCCCGUCGAUGGUUGUAAUCCGGAAUUGAAUAAUCUCACUCUUGCCAUGACAGAAAUCGAGCAAGGGGACAUUGUGUUCCUAACUAGCGAUGGAAUUUCUGAUAACUUUGAUCCGGUUGUUGGAAAAUUUGCUAUUCUUCCAAGUGGGCCCAUUUCCGCCCGCACCGCCAAGCCUGAUGGCAGGCAAACUAAAAAUUACAAAAAACCCGAUCACAUCAGGAGGACCAACUCAGCUGGGCAUGCCGAUGGGGCUGAUCUACCUGUUGUUGAGGCCUAUCAACGACAUGAAUUGACUCUACUCAGGAUGGAGGAUCUAUUGAGAAGGGGAGUCUCUGGUGACGGCCCGGCAUGUCAAAGUGCCAAAAAACUGUGCGAACUUGUGCUUGAUUUCGCGGUUCGCAUAACAGCUGCAAAAAGACGAAUUCUCGAGGAUGCAGACCUGUACUAUUCUCAAUCGAAAGACGGUCAACUAGUGCAGCUCUCAAAACUCGAGCAGCGUUCACGAAGGAAGAAGAUGCUUGACAAAAUGUCAAUGGUCCCUGGGAAGUUGGAUCACGCUACAGUCGUUGCUUACGUCGUAGGCUCCUACGACACCCCUGAGGGCGACCUUUAGUCAUCGUCCCGUUGAAAAAAAGACACGGCCAACUUAAGAUUCAUGCACAGAAUUUAUUUGCAGAGCAGAAAUAUCCAAAUUAAAUAUAGCAGUUAUCCACCGGGACAUGUAAGUCUUGGUGUUCAUUAUUUUUGUUUCUCCCACAGGUUUUAAACUGAUACUAGUAUUAGGACCAUCGAGCCACUGCCUACAAAUUAUUUUUUGCUGGACCUGUAAAAUUUAUUGUAUAAAAUAAUAUUCCGUCACUGGAUCUCGGGAAUUGAGUCGAGGCUUCCGAUUAUCUUUGGAUGCCAUAUUUUUGUAGAGAUUGGGUAGAUACACCUAAUGAAGUAUAUAAAUGCCACUGAACAUAAUGGGAAUUAAGCAGUAGGAAAUUUGCAUGACGUACAGUAUUACUUGUUAAAUAAAAUCUUUUCAAAGCUACUAACUGACAAUUCGUAGUUUUUGACUGAAAAAUUCCUCACUAUUGUUAAUAACUCAUGAAAACAAAUAAUAAUUUCAUGCAAGUUCCCUAUUUAAUGGAUUAUUCGGGUUAAGUAAUAGACGUCGAGUCACCGUUGAAAAAAGUUUUUUUUAUUCAUUGAUUCUUUUUCAUUCUCUUGCUCCUAAUAGUUUUGUUACAGAGCUAGCAAGCUCGCAUUGCCCCAGGCACUUGUAUUCUAUUGAAAAUUGAAUUUGAAUCAUCUUUUGGCAAGAACAAUAGUAUUACGUUCAUACCUUUAUAUUUUUUUAACCGACUAACCCAAUGAUAAGUUAAUUGUAAUUGUUUUUUUUUGUUAAAUAAAUUUUCAAUUUCACUGGA